AUGUGCAUCGACUAUCGGGUUUUGAAUAAGUUCACUGUAAAGAACAAGUACACGAUCCCAUUGAUUGCAGACUUGUUCGGUCAACUUGGUGGUGCAAGAUGGUUCACCAAAUUGGAUUUGUGGUUAAGAUAUUACCAAGUCAAAAUAGCCAAGGGUGAUGAACUGAAGAUAACUUGUGUGACGUGCUACGGUUCAUGCGAGUUCCUUGUGAUGCUCUUUGGCAUCACAAAUGCCCCUACUACAUUUUGCACGUUGAUGAACAAGCUCAAUGGGACAAAGAGGAGGUACUCAGUUCAUGAGAAGGAGAUCACUGUGGCUUAUUGCAAAGUGUUUCUUGCUAAGUUCGAAUUUCUUAUGGAGGACAAGCUCGAAAAGGUGAACUGUGUUACAAAUGGCUUAAGCCAUAGGUAUGUCAUCAAGUUUUUGAAGGGUUCUUUAUUUAAAAUGAUCAAGGAGGGUUUGCCCCACAAGUCUAUGCCCAAGACAUUGAUUGAUGACACCAAGGAAGGGAGAACCAUUAAGUUUUGGAUCGAGGGAGAGUUACUCUAUACUCAAGGGGAUCAUCUUUACGUGUUGCAGUAUGGGAAGUUGCGCAAGGAGCUUAUGAAGGAAUGCCAUGAUUUUAUAUGGUGGACAUCUGGGAGUUGA